UUUUGUUUAUAUUUACAAAUAAUACAGGACACCCCGACAGCCGCGGAAACGGGCUGCGUUUUACUGCUGUUUUCUGGCGACUCCACACACUCCACGUCCUCUGAUUGGUCGGGCUCUUCUCGGAUGUCGUCGUGAAUGCUUUUUGGGGUGGAAGCAAGCGGUUUGAAAUGGCCCCGCGCCGCAAAAAAGCCGGUGAAACAGAGCCGCGUCAAGGCGGUGGCGGCUAAAGGUCCCGAGCCCGGUCCCACGUGCUCAUUCUGCGGCCUGCCGCAGAGCGACGACCUCAACGGGGAGCUGCUGAGCACCGGUAGCGGCCUGCACGUACAUUACUUCUGCAUGCUUUUUUCCAGCGGCCUGCACCAGAGAGGCGAGGAGGAAGAACCGCUGCGUGGUUUCGUGGAGGCUGACGUGCGCGCGGAGCUACGCCGGGGCAACCGACUGAUGUGUUGCUUCUGCAAACGAAAGAAUGCCACGGUCGGCUGCUGCCUGCGGGCUUGCAAGAAAGCAUUCCACAUGCCCUGUGGUGUGGCUAAGGACUGUCUGCUGCAGUUCUUUGGUGACUUCAGGGUGUACUGCGCAGGGCAUCGUCCUCGCCAGAAUGUGGUGCCGAUGGAUAAGGAUGGGGUCAGCCUGUGUGCCAUCUGCUCCGAGCAGAUGACUCAUCCGUCGGUAAAUGUGCUGGUGACGCCCUGCUGCCGACAGCUCUUCCACCGAGCAUGCAUACAACGCCAGGCCAUGAGUGCGGGCAUCCACUUCUUCCGAUGUGGCCACUGCAACAACAAGGAAGCUUUCCAGCAGGAAAUGCAGGACCACGGCAUUUACGUGCCCGACCAAGACGCCUCCUGGGAACGGGAACCACACGCCUAUGAGGAGCUGCUCUUUCGUUACCAACACUGCGAUGCGCCGCGCUGCUCCUGCCCCAUGGGGCGCGAUCACCGCCACGAGGAUGGUCGUUGGAAGAUCGUGGUGUGCGACAGCUGCGGCUCCCAGGGUGUCCAUGCAUCCUGUGGCAAUGUGGGAGGCGCACACUGGAUCUGUACAGAGUGCCGCCAGAUCAUCAACCGAGUUCCCAGUGCAGCCCAGCAGUCGUCCAGCGGUCGCAUCGAAAAGCGCCAGUCACAGCAGCCCGAGCCCGAAGUCAUUGAAAUCACCAGCGACGAGGAGGACGAAGCGCCCUGCCCACAGCGGCACGCGGAGCGCAAGACGCCAGUUGACGCGGAGCGUCUUACUGCGAACGGGUGUCGACUAGUGGACUUUGCAUUGCGUGGCGCAAGCAAUGACGAUGGCACCACCCUGCAGCUCAUGCUGGAGACGAUAAGCGGCAACGUCGUCGUGGCGGACAUCUCGUUUGCCGACCGCCCGCUCGUCAUCUCUUGAUUCUCCAGCCGCCUUGCGUCCGUUUCGCCGUCAAAAAAGCAUCAAUUAGCAUUUCACCAUGUGACGGCAAGCGAAUGUUUCAACAGCAAAAUGUUUGACCUGUUACAUCAUCGGUGGGGUUCAUUCACCACAUUUCUGUAUUUGUUUCAUGGUGCAAGUGUCACCGCAAGAGCACUGGUUGAAAGUGUCUGCAACACUUAUAUUUACUCGUUUUGGCUAGCUCAAAGUCCCAAGCUCUUGUUAAUAAAUAGGAUUGGCCACGGUA